AUGCGAUUCAAAGACGAAAACAAAUUGAGGCAACUUGUAUCGAAAGUAAAAAGAAAGAAAAUUUUAAAAGAUUUAUUUGGCAAAAAAUGCAAAUGUGGAUCAGAAAAUCAAGUAAUUCAACCUUCAACUUUUUGUCAAAAACUUGAACCACCAACAAACGAGUCACCAAAUUUUGAACACUUUACUGAGCAUAGUUCAAUUCAUGGCCUUCGGUUCCUCUCGAAAAGAAGAAAUAAUAGCUUUUCACGAAUAUUCUGGUCUCUUUCACUAAUCAUGUCAUUAAUUGGUUUAUUUUACAAUGGCAAACGAUUAUUUAUCAAGUUGAAUAUAUCGCCUGACAUUGGGAUUUCUGUAAAGUAUGAACUUGCUAGAGAGGUUCCAUUUCCUGCCGUUACAUUUUGCAUGCCUUUAUUUGCAAAGAACGGAUUAGCAAAUUAUUCCAAUUAUGUCUCUGAAUAUUAUAAGAAUGAAAAACAAAAUCUUUUAAACUUAACAGAAAUGGAUAAAAAAUAUUUGUCAUCUAAUUCACUGCGUUGUGCUAUAAAUCGAUUGCAACCAUUUAAUGAGUGUUGUAGUGAGACAAAUAUUUCUAACAUUUUACAGUUAAUGGAUGAAAGCCAGCUGACAAUAGAAGAAAGCUUAGCUGGUUGUAGCUUAAGACUCAUAAAUGGUGAUUGUAAACAUAUGUUUAGAAGGAUAUUGACAGAUCGUGGAUUUUGCUUCACAACAAAUAUGCAAAAUAUUGACACAAUUUUAAAUUUCAAUGAAAUGAGCAAGGAUCUUCAAAAUUAUUAUGAAUUCCCUCGAUCAAAUAAAAAGAAUAAGAAUGAAACGGAUAUUUUUUGGACAUUAGAUAAUGGAUAUAAUGAUUCAUUGACAAAAGGUGUCAUUCCUUAUCGAUUAACUAAAGCUAAUGUUCACAUUGCAAGAACAUUUUCUACUGCUGAAGAUGCUGUAAAUGUUUGUAAUUUGAGAACAAUUCUUGUAAAAAUUCACAUGCCUAAUGAGAUUCCAACAAUAUUUCAUGGAGGCUUUCAGGUUGAGCAAACACACGAAAAAAGAUUAAAACUUCGAGCAAAGGCCACUAAAGCUCAUGAAUCUUUAAGAGGAUAUUCACCAAGUACACGAUUGUGCUAUUUUGAAGAUGAGAGAAAAUUGAAGUUUUUUAAGACCUACACAAAAUAUCAGUGUUAUCUCGAAUGUCUCGCAGAAGAUGUUUUUGAAAAGUGCGGAUGUGUUGCAUUUUAUAUGCCUAGAAAUUCAUCGACACAAGUUUGUGGUUUCAAAGAAGCAAUGUGUGUUCAUAGAAGUACUUACGAUUGGCCUGAUGAUGAAGAUUUAGAGUCUGGAACAACACCUUGUGAUUGCUAUCCAACUUGCAAUGAUGUUGAAUAUACAGUCAGUGAGACUGAUUUUGUGUAUGAUGCAUCAAUUCAUGCAGAUCGGAUUCAAAACUAUUCAAAGGAAACAAAUACUAAAUUAAAUCCAAAGUGCGAAGACUUCUUGAAAACAAUGGAUAAAGUUAGUGAUGAUGUUUAUAUUGUAAGAAGUCCACUUUAUGAAAGAGGAAAAAAUAUCAAUAUUUAUUCAUCAAAACCUCAAAUGAAUUUGUGUAAAACACCAAAGUCAACAAAUCAAGCUUUCUCUCAGUUAAACACACCCCGCAAUGAUUGUGAAACAUUUAAUUGUGUGCAAUAA